GUCUUUCUCCCCAAGCCACUGAACGAUGUUGCCUUCGCUUCUUCUCAUCGUAUCUGCUUUGAUUUUCUGGCGCUCCAGUCUCUACCUGCGACGGAGACGAGCGUCAAAAGGCCUGCCUCUCCCCCCAGGUCCCAAGGGCUUGCCUAUCAUCGGGAAUAUCCUUGAUUUUCCCAAAGAGUACGCUUGGAAAAGAUUUGUGGAGUGGGGGAGCCGCUAUGGCGACCUGAUAUGUGUAAAUAUGCUCGGCCAAACCGUUAUCAUCAUCAACUCCUCCCGUAUUGCCAGAGAUCUUCUGGAAAAGCGGGGCUCCAUCUAUUCCUCUCGUCCUCCGAUCCCACAUAUGGACUUGAUGGGCAUCACGUCCUGGAGCGUAGGCUUCAAGGCCUAUAGCCAUAUUUACAAGGCUGAACGUAAGGUGGCUGAGCAGAGUCUUCGCCCACGGGCUACAACUGCCUACUUUCCCAUGCAGACCUCGAGGACACACCAAUUUCUGCGGAACCUCGUGAAAGACCCUGAGGCAUAUGUACGCCACAUCAGACAUUUCUCGACGGCGAUCAUCAUGUCCGUCGCUUACGGCUAUGAACUGGGCGAGUCCGAUGUCAGCGACCGCUAUGUAGAUUUGGCGGAAGAAGUCAUCAAGAGAGGAUUGGUCGGGCUGAGACCCACCUCACCUGUUAAUAUUAUGCCCAUAUUGAAACAUCUCCCCGCUCGAUGGCCCGGAAUGGGAUGGAAAACCUUUGCUGAAGAGACGGCUUCCGUUUCGCACAAGAUGGUGAAUGACCCAUUCAACUUUGUCAAGACUAGCAUCAAAAACGGAACUGCUCGGCCGUCACUCAGUCGUGAUGGUUUGAUGUCAUGCAGGAACGAACCUACCAAGGAAGAAGAAACCCAGAUUAAGAACGUGGCCGCUACUUUGUACUCAGCCGCCGUGGAUUCAUAUGUCGCGUUAUUCUCGUCGCUCUUCUUGGCGCUCGUACUGCACCCAGAGAUGCAGCAGAAGGCUCAGGACGAGAUCGACUCUGUCAUCGGCCAGGAGAGACUGCCUUCUUACGAGGAUCGACCACGACUACCGUUUUGUGAGGCGUUUUCGAAAGAGAUGUUACGAUGGCGUCCCGUUGCCACAUUGGGAAUUCCACAUGCCACUACCGAAGACGACGUGUACGAAGGUUACUUCAUUCCGAAAGGCUCCCAUGUCUUUGCGAAUUCCUGGGCCAUCCUGCAUAAUCCUGAGCACUACCCAGAUCCAGAAACGUUUCGUCCAGAGCGCUUCCUAACUGCGAGCGGUGAGUUCAAGAACGAUCCUGAACUAGCGUCUGCAUUUGGAUUUGGUAGAAGAGUCUGCGUCGGCCGCCAUUUUGCCGACACGACAAUCUGGAUUCUGGUAGUAUCCGUUCUCGCGACGCUCACUGUUGGCCGUGCCAAAGAUGAGGAUGGGAAUGACAUUCCCGUGGAAGACGUUUUCACAGGAGACUCUGGUCUGGUGAACUGCCCGCUACCAUUCCAAUGCUCAAUGUCACCCAGAGGGCAACGAGCACGAGAGCUGAUUAAAAUGACAGAUGCUCAUUAGCAUUACACGACCUAGCCAGCAAUUGUAUAUGAUGAGUGACCAUGUUGUACUCUUUUCUGCCACCGCCAUCGGAGCAUGUUUGUCCGUCCUUGAGUAGCAUCGGCUGCCCGUUCCAGUCAUGUAAAUCUUUUCUAAGUGCAUUUUUAGCAGCAACGUCUGGAUGUCAUUACAU